AUGAUUCAGCCAGAGGAGCAAAAGAUGCUGGACUUCGUGGCAACAAUACCUCAUAACGUGAAUCCUUAUUUCGCUGUCGCCACUUACCUUGAACGUGAAGCUAAGCCUGUCGUGUUGCCACCCUGGGUCCAGAUUGUCAUGGGAGUGAUUAUAGGAGGCUACUUUAUGCACGUACCAUUCAGCGCUGCAAAAUAUGGCACAUACCCAGAAGACUUAUAUAUUUUUGAUCUCUUCCUUCAUUCAGAAUGCUUCUCCAAUGCUUGUAUUUGUUUUACAUCAGAAUCAUCACGAGGACUUUUAGGUUCUAUUCCACCACAAGACGUGAAUAAGUUUCCGUGA